CGAAUACCGGAGCCCGGCGAUUUUAAUAUGCUCCAAAGAUAGAGGGCGCUCUUCCGGAAGUAAACAUUUUAGUCGUCUCAAAAAAGUAAAAGAAAGGAAAGAAAAUCUAAAAUAAUGCACGGAUUUGAAAGAAAUGAAGCUGGAAAACUGUUUGUUGGGGGCCUUAGCUGGGAUACUUCUAAAGACAGUCUGUUAGAAUACUUUAGUCAGUAUGGGGAGGUCAUUGACUGUGUUGUUAUGAAGAAUCCAGAGACCGGAAAGUCACGAGGGUUCGGUUUUGUGACCUACAGAGACACAUCAUGUGUGGAUACAGUGUUAUCAGUACCAGCACAUAUUGUAGACGGAAGACAGGUGGACCCAAAAGCAUGUAACCCAAAAGGUACAAACCGAGGUGGUGGAGGAGGUGCAGGUGGUGGACAGAUGGGUGGAGAACAUAGAAUGAACAGGGGACCUAGAGGCGGGGGAGGAGGUCCACAGGGAGAUAGGAAGAUAUUUCUAGGUGGAUUACCUAAUGGUGUUGAUGAGGAAGCCAUUAGAAACUUCUUCGGUCAAUAUGGCAAGGUUCUAGAUGUGACUGUUAUGUAUGAUGCACAGAAGCAGAGAUCUAGAGGCUUUGGCUUCCUCACGUUUGAAUCAGACGACGCUGUCAACCAAGUUUGCCGAGAACAUUUUGUAAACUUCAAUGGCAAAAAGGUGGAAUGUAAAAGGGCUACACCACGUAACCAAGGCAACCAAGGUAAUGAAGAGCCACCACCCCAUCCACUUCAUAUGCCCCACCCUGGGGGCAUGCCUCAUCUGGAAAUGGGCAUGCAGCCCCAGCAACAUGGACCCGGUCCCAUGCCAGGACCUGAACCCCAGUGGACAUCGCCCGAAGGUUGGAACCCACAUGUACAGCAGUCUCCUCCACCACCACCGCAAGUAGGUGUUCCACCUCAGUUCCAGCCUGGAGCUGUACAGUUUCAGCCAGGUUACCAGGGUGAGGUGCCUGCAGGUGCACCCCCAGGCUGGCCACAACAACCACCCCCACAAGGUGCAGGAGGAUGGCCCCCUGGUGCACCACCACCACAGCAACCAGGAGUCGCACCUGGAUCUGCACAAUUCUUACCCCAACAGCAGACAGCGUCUCAGAGUUUUGCCAGUGCACCUGGCACUCCAGGCGCUCCAGUGUAUCAGUAUGCUACAGCCCCUUCAGGUCAGCAACCACCCCAGCCCAACGGUCAAGGGCUGCCCCAGGUUGCAGCAGUGGGUCAACCUGCUCCCAGCAGCUAUGGUUAUACUACAACGACGUAUGCAGCGCCAAAUGUAGCCCUCCCACAAAAUGCCAGACAAUAUCAGGAUUUUGCAGUAGGUUCACCACAGGUUCAGAUAGCUACAACAAUGGCUCCAUUACAAGGUACACCAGCCCCUACUUCUACAGCAGUAUCUUAUUCUGCCUAUCCUAGUCCUUACGGUGCUCCAGUCCCUGCUGGGGCAGCCCCUACAGUGGCCGCCUCAGACCCUUAUGCUCAGACCGCCCUCGCACAUCCACAGGGAGCAGUACAGGUGGCGGCCCCAGCAGUAGCACCCCCAACUGGGCAGCCAGGUGGUGUUCCAGCAGGGUAUGGUAGUCCACUGGCACAGUCACCUGUAGCAGCAGGUUCUGGAGAUCCCGCAGCACCCAAAACUGUUGAUUACUCUAGUUACUACAGUGCAUAUGGUUAUGCUGUUGAGGCCAGCCCUACAGCAGUUACAGCAGCAUAUGGCGCUCAGCCGACUCCAGCACAAGCCCCCGCACCUGCGCAAGCACCUUACGCUCCUCAAGAAGUGCCUCAAGCUGUGGCGUAUGGAGGAGCCCCUGCUCCAUCACCCACAUUCCAGAGACAGAGCUCUGGCCAACAGUUCCAUCCUUAUGCGCGGAGGUAGUGAAUGAACACAGCGCAGUAAGCACCUGUACAUAGACUUUAGUAAUUAACAACUGUAUAGUUCAUGCAUUUAUUGCCAUUUACUGUAUUGUUGAUUUAAAUGCAUUGCCAUUUACUGAAUGGCUAAUGCAUUUAUUGCCAUUAAUGUAUUGUUAAUAUGAAUGUAUGGCCAUUUACCGUUAUGGCUAAUGCAUUUAUUGCCAUUUAAUCUAUGGUUUAUGUAUUUAUUGCCAUUUAUUGUAUGGUCAAUGCAUUUAUUGCCAUUUAUUUUAUGGUUAAAUCAUUAAUUGUCAUUUACUGUAUGGUUAAUGCUUUAAUUGUCAUUUAUUGUAUGGUUAAUGCAUUAAUUGCCAUUUACUGUAUGGUUAAUGCAUUAAUUGCCAUUUACUGUAUGGUUAAUGCAUUAAUUGCUAUUUACUGUAUGGUUAAUGCUUUAAUUGUCAUUUAUUCUAUGGUUAAUGCAUUUUUAAUUGUGGUUUAAGAUACAGUUAGG